AUGCGUCUGUCUUCAGGUCUUCUCGUGGCUGUUGCCUCGGGUGCUUUCGCCCAGAGGUUCACCAACAGCAGCACAUCUGCUCUUGAGUCCAGCACCACUCUCCCCACCGCUAUCGACACUACCACCAGUGCAGCUCCCAGCUCCACCUCCGGCCCUGCCUCUGAGUCCGUUGAUCUUGGCUCUGCCACUCUUGGCCGCGGUUCAAGCUUCGUGACUGGACCCAAUGGCCAGACUAUCGUUCGCAUGUCUGCCGGAGCCAACGGUAUUGCUCAGUUCAGCGCCAAUCCAGCAGUUACCCGCUUCUCGGUUGGAGCUCAGAUCCAGCUCCGCUUCAGCAUCAGUGUCUCCGCAAUCAUCGAGAGUCGCAAGCGUGCUUUUGAGGGCUGCACUCUCGAUGUCACCCUCGAUGGCGAGACUGUUUACUCCGAGCCCCUCGCCGACACCAAUGGCGCCGCUGUCGAGCAAUCCAGCAACCCUACUGCCCUCAACUCCGACAAGCCUGAUAUCCAGUUCCUCCAGUCUUGCGGUUCUGACCCCGUCCAACUCGAUGUCUCCAACCUCGCUGUCGCUGAUGCUACUGAUGGUGGUUCUACUGGUCUUCCCACUGGUGCUGCUACCGAGACUGGUACCGAGACUGGCACUGAGGUCGCUACUGGCACCAACUCCGAGGGUGCUACCACCAACUCUGAGGGUGAGACUGUGAUCCCCACUGGCACCGAGACUGGCUCUGCUAUCGCUACUGGUACCAACUCUGAGGGUGCUACCACCAACUCCGAGGGCGAGACCGUCAUCCCUACUGGAUCUGAGACUGCCAUCGAGACCAACAGCGCUGGCUUCACCACCAACUCUGAGGGUGAGACCGUCUUCCCUACUGGUACUCAGACCGGCUCUGCCAUUGCUACCGGUACCAACUCCGAGGGUGCCACUACCAACUCUGAGGGCGAGACUGUUGUCCCUACUGGUACUGCCACUGGCACCGAGGCUUCUGCUUCCGCCUCUGCUACCUCCCCCGCUGGCUUCCCUGGUUCCGUCGGUGUCUUCACCCUCUUCGGAUGUGUCGGUUCUUCCGCUGGCUUCCCCACCUUCGAGCUUGCCGAGACCAACGAUCAGAUGGAUCUCGAGCGUUGUGCUUCUCUCUGCACUGGCCGUGCCUACUUCGGUGUUUACGAUACUGCUUGCUACUGUGGUGAUGAGAUUGACGCCGACAACACCAGCCGCGUUGAUAUCGACCAGUGUGACAUCGAGUGCCCUGGCGACAAGGACAACUUCUGUGGUGGUGAUGGCCGCCUCAACCGUCUCCGCGCUCGUCAAGCUGUUCCCGCUGGCCGUCUCCUGACCGUCUACGCCUCUGCCAUCGGCGCCGGUGCCACCGUCACUGACUCCGUCACCCAGACCGUCACCGACGAGACCACCAUCACCACCACCUUCACCACUGCCAUCACUGGCGCUGAGACCACCACCACCGCUACCGUCACCGCUGUCCAGAUCUGCGUCAACGGAAAGUGCUACAGCCAGGGCUCUGAUCGCACCGUCUUCAUCUUCAUCGAGGUCAACGGCAGCGACUGCGACAACGAGUGGGUCUACAUCACCGAGGAGUGCUCUUGCCAGGGCGGCAAGCAAUACGUCCCCAAGUUCUGCUCCGGUGGAAGCUGUGCCGGCGAGAUCGUCUACAAGACCCAGGAGUGCCAUGACUGGUGGAACCACGAGACCUUCUUCGUCGCUGCUGACUGCGGCUGCAAGGAGGAGACCGUUAUCUACAAGCCUUGGGAGAACAGCUGGGGUACCCCCAACAACUGCAAGGCUGAGCUCGUCCCUGUCUGCUCUGGCCCCAAGUGCCCCGUUGUCAAGGUUCCCACCCACGGCGGUUACACUCACCCCUUUACCAACGGCACCUGGACCAACGGUACCGCUCACUGCUCUGGUCCUCACUGCCCCAGCCCUGUUCCUCAGUGCUCCGGCCCCCACUGCCCCAGCCCUGCUCCUGUCUGCUCUGGCCCCAGCUGCCCCAGCACCAAGGUCGUCACCCUUGUUCCUCAGUGCAGCGGUGCUAGCUGCCCCGCCAAGCCCACUGGUUCUCAGGAGACCGGUGUUCCUUGCAACGGUGCUGACUGCCACGUUGCCACUGCCACUGGCAGCAGCCCCAAGCCCACUGGCACCGUCCCGGCCAUCGUCAACGGUGCCGGCAAGCAGGUCGUUGGAGCUGCUACUCUCUUCGCUGCUCUCUUUGCGGCCCUUCUCUAG